UUUCAAUCACAUUGUGCAAUAAUAUAUUGACGGAUUUUCGACAACACAAGAUCCAGUGUUCUUUUUAAAAUGGGUUGCGUGGUCAAUGUGUCAAGUACAGCAAGUCUCAAAACAUUUCCUUUGACAUUCAAUGUGUCGUAUGAAAUGUUUAAAGCAGCGUUAGACAAUUUCACAAGAGGGUUUUCAGCAGAAUGUGCUUCAUAUGGCGUUCGUGUUAACAGCAUCAAUCCAGGUGUUGUGAAAACGAGACUUGUUGAAAAUUCAAAAUACACAAAAGAGCAAUUUGAGAAGAUUAUGGAAAAUUUCAGUAAAAUUCACAAGCUUGGAUUUAUGGAACCAGAAACUAUAGCUGAUGGAAUAGUAUUUUUAUGUUCUUCGUCUCACAUUACUGGUAUAAUGCUGCCGGUAGACUCCGGAUCUUUGAACGCUUGAAAAUAACUAAUUUUCAAGUAGCAAAUAUAUACAUACCAUGUAUUAAAUAAAAUAU